GCCCCCGGCCGAGCGCGGAGCUGGGAGCGGGGCUGAGCCGGCCCCGGCCCCGACCCCGGCCCCGGAGCCCCCCCAACCGGGGCCACCCCGCGGCCAUGCGAGGCGGCCGCCCCCGGCGCCCCGCGGCUCGGCGCUGCUGCCCGCCGCGGCUGCCCGCCGCGCUGCGCUGAGCCCCGGCGCCCCGCGGCACCAUGUCCCGCCGCAAGAUCUCCUCCGAGUCCUUCAGCUCACUGGGCUCCGACUGCCCGGAGACCAGCCCCGAGGAGGAGGGCGAGUGUCCCCUGUCCCGCCUCUGCUGGAACGGCAGCCGCAGCCCCCCCGGCCCCUCCGAUCCGUCCCUGGCAGCCGCAUCCAUCUCCAUCACCGCCGCCGGCUCCGCCGCCUCCGCGGCCAGUGCCGGUGCUCGCCGCGCUCCUCGCCGCCGCCGGGUCAACCUGGACUCGCUGGGCGAGAGCAUCCGCCGCCUGACCGCCCCCGCGCCUCAGACUAUUCGGCAAACUCUUCAAAGGACACUGCAGUAUUUUGAGCAUCAAGUUAUUGGUUACAGGGAUGCAGAGAAGAAUUUUCACAAUAUAUCAAACAGAUGCUCCUAUACAGACUGCUCUGGCAAUGAAGAAGCUGAAGAUGUCUCAGGAAUUCUCCAGUGUACAGCUAAUGUACUUGGUUUGAAGUUUGAGGAAAUGCAAGAAAAAUUUGGGGAGGAAUUCUUCAAUGUCUGCUUUGAUGAGAAUGAGAGAGUUCUUCGAGCAGUAGGUGGGACCCUUCAAGACUUCUUCAAUGGCUUUGAUGCUUUGCUGGAGCACAUUAGAACUUCAUUUGGAAGACAGGCCACCCUGGAAUCCCCUUCUUUCCUAUGCAAAGAGCUCCCUGAUGGCAAUCUCAUGCUUCAUUACUUUCACCCACAUCAAAUUGUGGGGUUUGCAAUGAUGGGAAUGAUAAAGGCAGCAGCAAAAAAGAUUUACCGCUUGGAAGUGGAAGUAGAACAGGUCACUAAUGACAAGCUAUGUUCAGAGGGGACAAACCCAGGUAAUUGCAGCUGUUUGACUUUCCUUAUCAAAGAACGUGAAAAUGCAAAUAUCACAAAAGCACUUCCACCAGGAACUUCCCAGUCCCCCUUAGACCUGAGGAUUAGUAUCAGCACCUUCUGCAGAGCAUUCCCCUUUCACCUGAUGUUUGAUCCAAACAUGCUUGUUCUUCAGCUUGGAGAAGGUCUAAGGAAGCAGCUCAGAUGUGACACUCAUAAAACCCUGAAAUUCCAGGACUGCUUCGACAUAGUUUCUCCUAAGAUCAGUGCCACAUUUGAACGAGUCCUCCUCAGAUUAUCUACUCCCUUCGUCAUUCGGACCAAACUUGAGGAUUCUGGCUCUGAAAGUAAAGACAAGGUGAUGGAAAUUAAAGGACAAAUGAUUCAUGUGCCAGAAUCAAAUUCAAUUUUGUUUCUGGGGUCCCCCUGUGUGGACAAGCUGGAUGAACUGAUGGGCCGAGGCCUCCACCUUUCGGACAUUCCUAUCCAUGAUGCUACUCGCGAUGUCAUAUUGGUUGGGGAGCAAGCAAAGGCCCAGGAUGGCUUGAAAAAACGAAUGGAUAAGCUGAAGGCAACGCUAGAAUGCACACACCAAGCCCUGGAAGAGGAGAAAAAGAAAACAGUAGAUCUCCUUAUUUCUAUUUUCCCUGAAGAAGUGGCUCAGCAGUUGUGGCAGGGGCAGCAGGUUCAGGCCAGGAAAUUUGAUGAUGUCACCAUGCUCUUUUCGGACAUUGUUGGCUUCACUGCCAUCUGCGCACAGUGCACACCCAUGCAGGUCAUCAGCAUGCUGAACGAACUCUACACACGGUUUGACCAUCAGUGUGGAUUCCUGGACAUCUACAAGGUGGAAACAAUAGGUGAUGCAUACUGCGUUGCGGCAGGGCUCCAUAAGAAAAGCCUUAGUCAUGCUAAAGCCAUUGCCCUGAUGGCACUGAAGAUGAUGGAGCUUUCAGAAGAGGUCCUCACUCCAGAUGGGAGCCCUAUUAAGAUGAGGAUAGGCAUUCACUCAGGAUCAGUGCUGGCCGGCGUUGUUGGUGUAAGAAUGCCACGUUAUUGUCUCUUUGGAAACAAUGUCACCCUUGCAAGCAAGUUCGAGUCAGGAAGUCACCCACGCCGCAUCAAUGUCAGUCCAACCACGUACCAGCUUUUGAAAAAGGAAGAAAAUUUUGUUUUUAUCCCUCGUUCCCGUGAAGAGCUUCCAGAAAACUUUCCAAAGGAAAUUCCUGGGAUCUGUUACUUCCUCGAGGUCAGAAGUGGUCAGAAGCAGCCAAAACCCUCCAUCACAUCUGCCAGAGUGAGAAAAGUUUCUUACAACAUUGGCACCAUGUUCCUCCGGGAGACUAGCCUAUGAGGCCUGCUGCAGAUCAAAGACUCAUCAAAAAAGCACAAGCCCAGAACUGGGUCACGACAGGGGAGUUGGAGGUUCUUCUAUUUCACUGCCUUGUCCUGAACAAGCAGUAAAAGCUUCAUGUAAUGUCAGGCAAUAAUCAUUUUAAAAGGUGGGUGACUGCUGUCAGUAAACAGAGUGGAGACAGGGAAAAAAAAAAAAGGAAAAAAAAAAAACACAUUUAAAAAACAUACUUCCACAUCCAGAGGAAUUUCAUUCAUAAACUUGAGUCUGGCCCCUUUAUGACAAACAAAAUCAAACAAAACAAAACCCCCAACUCACAUUAGAGGUUGGUUUUGUUUUGUGCAGAAAGGGUGAUGGUUCUCUGUAGAUUUGCACCAGCUAAGCAGAAUUGGGAGUCAGUUCUGAUUAUGCAUUCCUACAUUUAAUGUGUUCUUCAGUAAAGUAAUGAUGUUUUUUAACUUUAUGAACAAACAUUUCAUACAUAUACUGUAGAGCUGUUGUAACCUUCCUGGCAGGAGGAAUUAUAAUUCAGUAUAAAUGUUGUAGGGAUUUUACCUAUUUUUAUACAUAUUUCACUUUCUGGAUAAUUACAUUCCACAUACUGUAAGCUGAGUGAGCUUAGAUAGCUUUUCAGAAGAAGCUACUGUAUAUUUCAUAUAUUCUACCUAUCAGAUCUUAUUGUUAUACGAAUAAGAAGAAGUCAUUUUUUGACUUUUUGGCAGCAAAAUAUCAAUAUUUUAAAGAAGAAAAAAAAACACUUUGGUAAACCUAUUUACCUGAUGUUUAUGCUAAAGCUUUAGAUGAGCAUUGUCUUGCUUAUACAAAGUAAUGUUUGGUAUUUGUCUACAGUCCUGUGUGUCCAGUCUUUCCAGGACAAAGCAAACAAAAUGUAAAAGAUCAAUUCGUUAACAAACAGAAAAGUUCUGUUAUACACAGUGGAGCUUGUUUCCCACAGAAUUAGCAGCCAAACUGAUAUUUGGUAGAAGUCCUGGACCUUUAUUAAAAAAUUGAUCUGGUAAAACCUUACUCUGAGAGCGUUCAGCAAACACUGGAAGCUCUCUGGGUACUGGUUUUCCAUUUUUUAAUAGGACUUGUGCUCCUAUUCCACUUAGAUUAUAAAAAUUCUAUCUGUUAUUAAAAUGCUAUUUUGGAAAUUGCCUCUGUUGGUGAGGAUGAAAGGUCCCCUGGUUUAUCUACUGUAGACCAAAAAUCACUGAAAAUGGUGAGGAAAUAAUUCCCUAGGUUUAAUGCAAAUGGCAGUUCAAGAUUUAGAUGCAUCAAUAUCAGUUAAAAAAUUAAAAUCAAACUACAGCCCAAUUCUUUCCUGGUGAAAAUUAAUAUAGCUUUAUUUUCUUCAGUGAAACAAACAGAAACAAGAAACAGAAUGUAGAUCUGUUCCCCAGUAGACACAUUUUCAGGCAGUGUUUAUUUCUUUGGCUUUCCUUUUCAAAAAUAAUGGUAAUAAGUUUUCUUCUGCAGGUGUACUUCCCUUUGGGUCCUACUGAAAUGAGCCAAUAUUUUUCUGUUCUACCGUAGUAGACAAACAGAGCAGUGAUUUGAAAGUGGCUUAGCUUUACAUGGGCCUGCUCAAAGCUCAAAGAAAUCAAAGUCAAGACUCUCAACAGCACCAGAAGGCAUGAGAAACUCAGCAUUUCUGUAAUCCAGACCAGAAAUUAGGAUCUUACUUAUGGAUUUAGUAAUCAAAACUUAAAGCACCUUUUGAAAAUGAGUAAAUACCAUUCUCCAUGGUUCCAAAUUAUCCUUUUAGAUCUUUCUGUGGAGGCAAUGACAGUGCUAUAUUUCUCCCCUUUAACCCAGCUUGGGAUGGGAACAGAUCAGUAUGGCACCACUAGCCUGUUGCUGAACAAAUUUCAGGCUUCCUUUCCAUGAGGACUGUCUGGAUGAGAAAGGACUAUCUUGAACCUAUGCAGACUUCAGCAUGUAGAGGAAACCUGAACUUAUUAUGCAGUAUUUUUUCUUGAUGAAGAGGGUAGCUGCAUGGGCAUGGCAGGGGGGCUGGAACUAGAUGGUCUUUAAGGUCUCUUCCAACCCAAACCAUUCUGUGAAUAUUACUUAAAUGGAAAUUCCCUUGCUUUCUAGAGGAACUGAUGUGAAAGAUUUCUUCCAUAGUUAUUACAGCAUCUUUGUGAUUGGAGGAGUUUUUCUUCUAUCUACCUUGAUAAACAGCAUCUGCAGCUUUGCUAUCUGGAAAAAUGACUUGAUGAAAACUGUUCAAGCUUGAGGUUGCAGAAUUUCCAUCCAAACUACAGAUUCAAGAAGUUUCUACAUCGGAUGACAAGUUUUUAGCCUAUAACCGUUAGUUUUUGUAUACACAGGAUGUACAUGCAUUUUUUUCAGUGAACACCAGUGAGACCUGAAGAAUUAUAAAUGGAGCAAAGUUGCAGUUUGACCAUGGGAACUGGAACACUACUUCCUAGCUAAUAAAGCUGUGGUUUUGAUGUCAUUAACUAAUUCCCUAGAGUGAUUUUUUAUUUUAUUUUUUCUAACAGCUAUCAAUACAAUGAGAUUUCAUUCUUACUUUACUGGCACAUCCUCAUUGUUCAGUAGGUGUUGAUGUCAGAUUACUAAUCUCUCUGGCCAAACUCUUGUUUCUCUUCUCACCACCUACAGUCCUCUGUGAAGAGAACAAACACAGAGAGUCAUACCAAAAGCAUAUUUAUUGCUCAAUAUCCCUUCUCUCACAGUUGCCAACAGGAAAUGCCUAGGUUAAUCCUGUGAGUGAUCUUGGUAGAUCCAUGGAAACAUUUUAAUGAAAAAUGGAGGUUAAAAGGUAAUUCAACUAGUAAAUUGGAGAAGCAAUCCAAAAGUCUGUAGCACCAUCCUCAUCCUCUCAAGUGACUGUUUAUUCUGUAAGGGAAUAUAUAAUCACAGAGAUCACUGAAAAAAAUAAAAAUUGGUAUCAGCAUCAUCAUGGAGACAAAGACAAUGUUUGCCAAUAAAUCAACUGGCUCCCCAGAUUAGAGUAGAUUUAUUGUAUGAAAGUAUAUAGUCUCUGCCUUUUAUAAGCUUGUGUAAAGGUAACACAUCCAAAACUUCAGCACUGAUGCCAUGUAUUGUGUUAUUUGCUUCUGUGUUAUGACAAGUGAAGUUAAUGGAAAAGUGUAGGCUCUCUAGAGGCAUUUUUCUAUCUCAGUGUGAGAAAAGUGUGAAAGAUUCUCAGCAUUGUUUAACAGUGGUUGUAUCUGCUGCCUGUAAUAUUAGGUUACAAAUUUGUUUUGUUGGACACCUUUAUGAAGUAAAAUGAAGUUCAUUAGCAAGAUUGAUGCUGUGAAGUCAGUCAGAUCAUAGUCAAAUUAAACAUUUCUCCAACACUACUUCUUUUUAGUCAUAGAGAAAACUGUCUUGUUUGCCUGGCAUUGCCUUUAUAAAUAAAAGGGCUUUCAGGGUUUUUACCUUGGGAUGAUGAGGUGGAGAGGACAGAGGUGCUGAAGUGGAUGUAGAAAUCACAUACUGUAGUUGGAAUUUCCUUAUGAUAUUUUCUUUCCUAUAAAAUAGAUUUUUUUUCCUCUGAUUAAGAAGUUACACACCUAUGUUUUUUCACUUAGCUGCAAGUAGCAACACCUGCUGGCUCGAGGUUUUGUAAGAACCAAAACCACCCUCUCUGAAGAUUGAGGGAAGAGAUCUACUGCAAAGUGCCUGUAUGGGGAGGAGGUUGACAAGGACCCUAGCUGGGGUCAUUGGUCCCUGUGCCACAGACUUGUUCUGUGCACCUUCCCUCUGCUCCAGGCUCAGGCUGCAGACCAGGGACUGACCACAGAGGCAGACGUGGUGGCCAAUUUCUAGUGCAAAAGUUGUGAGGCCGAAGUAAACAGAGGCAGCGGUUACUCCCUCAGAGCAUUUUUUAGAGAUUUUCUGUCAGAUUUCUCAAUCUUCUUGAAGCUCCCCUUCACACAGCCUUUUCUGUGAUGCACUGCAUAGAGGUCAGGAAGUCAGAGUAAGAGGGAAGCAGUGAUGGAAAUGGUAGAGGGGUGGAUUAAAUUUUGUUCAGUAUUACUCUGGUAAUAUCAGCCGUACAGAGACAAAAGCCACUGCAUGGGAGAAUUGCUGGUAAGCUAGGAUUCUAAAAGUGUGGUUGUCUUGCAGAAUCCCACAGGAUUUUGCUGUUUUAAUUCCAAACAGCCCAUAGUCAUUGACUGUGUUUGUGGGUUUGGCUUUAUUGCUCAUUCCCACAUCCAGUUUCAGAUGCGAGUUUGUUCGGAAGGCUGUUCUGGAGCCUGGAAACAAGCCUCUGCAAACAGAAAACCAAAACUUUUGAAACUUUAGAAAUAUUCUGUGGGAAUUGCCUCUUCAGAAGAAGAAAUCCUUGCAGUUGAGUUCCAACAGGCCCUGCUGCAGUUCCUAUGUGUGCAUGUGCCUCUUCACAUUGCUGUCUCCUCCUGUGCUCAUGGUGGUCCCUACCGUGCUCAGCGCAGGCAUCAGGUGUAUAGCCACCUUUUCUCUGUUUUCCACUAACAUUCCUCUUUUUUUUUUUUUCUGUAUAAAGCAAACAGUGCAGAACCAUGACGCAUUGCAUACAUUUAAAUGUAUCACAGCACUGCCCUGAGACUUAUAUCGUGCUAACUGAUUUCACGUUAUCUACUUCUUGCUCUGAACAGACUCUUCUCCCUGCAGACUUUAAAAU